AUGUUGAAUUCAACUUCUGAAGUUAAUGCUAACUCUACACAAGUGCCAUCGGUUACAAUAUCACCAGAUAUUAAUAAUAAUCCCAUUAAAAACCGUGGCAACUAUGUAAAAGCGGCUUGUCGACCUUGCGCACUAGCAAAAGUUAAAUGCUCGGGUAAUAUGCCCUGUGAUAGAUGCUCUAAGCAAGAAAAAGAAUGUUUAUAUGAACCUCAAAGAAAGCGUGGACCUAAAAUUCGUCGUUCACGUUCUACUAGUUGCGACAAUCGACAUAGACAACAGGACGAUCUACAACCAUCGUCUCUUCGUCGUACACGUUCCAAUUGUGAUCGAAGACGGUCCAUCAGCCCUUCCGAAGUAAUUAGGUCAGAAAACGAUAAUGCACUUGGCAUUUCCUUUUCAAAUAUUUUACAAUGCUUGACGGAAAAUAAUUUGCAACCUGAUUAUUAUAUUGCAAAUGAAUUGAAUUACUUGAAUCCUGCCUUGUUAAGCCCUGGUGGAGUAUUUAGUCAUCAAAUUGUAGUUACACCACCUCAACCUGGAAUAAUGCAAAAUAAUUAUCAACCUAACUUUCCUCAUUCACCUCAAAGUGGUGAGUGGCAAUAUUAUCCUGAGUUUAGUAGAUGGUAA